GCCGAUGAGGACACACACCAACUGAUCCUUGAUCUGAUGAAAGACUACGAUCCCCAAGUACGCCCAGUCAAGAACGCAUCGACUGUGGUUAAUGUUCAAUUCAUCUUGUUCUUCAAUCAAGUAUUGGAUAUGGAUGAAAGGGUUCAGAUGUUAACCAGUGCGACUUGGCUGACGAUCAUUUGGGAGGAUGAAUACUUAAUGUGGGAUCCCGAAGACUAUGGUGGCGUAAAGAAGAUAAAAGUCCAGAGCGAUAGAGUUUGGUUGCCGGACAUUUUCUACUAUAACAGUGCCCUGGUGCAACACCAACCAUUCCUUAAAGGGACCAUCAUAAAGGUGAAAUACAAUGGAGAGAUCAUGUGGGCUGCUCCCGUCAACUUUAAGGGUCAUUGCAAGAUUAAUGUGAGGUACUUCCCGUUUGACAAGCAGAGCUGCGAAAUGAAGUUCGGACCAUGGCAACACGACGGUACAGAGUUGGAAUUAAAAGGGCAAGGUGAUACGUCAGUAUUCAUAAGCAAUGGCGAGUGGGACAUGAAAGGCUUGACCUGGGUCAACAACGUCGAGUACUACCCCGAUGACCCUGGUGUGCCGUACACUGAUGUCACAUUCACUGUUUAUUUCCAGCGCCGAUCUCAGUUCUAUGUCUUCAAUCUUCUCAUCCCUGCCAGUAUCAUAACGUUGAUGGCGUCAAUGGCUUUUCUUCUUCCACCUACAUCGCAGGGAAAGGUUACACUUGGUGUCACCUUCUUGCUUUCGAAGACAGUGUUUCUGAUGAUUGUUGCCGAAUCAAUGCCCCCUACCAACGAAGUUCCUAUAUUAGGUGAAUACUUCGCAGUGCUUAUGUUUCUUGUCAGCAUUUCACUGGUUCUCAACGUCAUCGUAGUCUCUGUCUACAACUGUGGCAAUUGCGGGGACCCUCUACCACAUUGGGUUCGAGUUGUGGCCUUACAUGUCCUUGCCCCGAUAGUGCGUGUGAAGGUGGAGCCGAAGCGUUUUCCACCAACUCGUGCUGCAAGACACGCAAGUGGGCGACCGUCUGCAGGACACAGGGUUAAGGCUAAGUUACGUGAGAAGGCGUACGAGAAGGUGCCGCUAAAAGACAGGUCCAUGAACCUCAUGAACAAUCACUCGCAGGAGUACACAGUCGGUGACCCGUACUCUAUGCACAAUGGUGGAAGCAUGGAAAAGGAGAACUCACACGGCGGGAUGUACGCGGGACACUUCCAGAAGAUUGCGGGUGAGCUUCGGCGAAUGAAUGACAUUCUCGUCACUAUCACGACAGAGGCUCUCAGCGUCGAUAAGAAAGCCUCGACCAAGGAGAAAGCCAUUCAAAAAGAAUGGUUGCUGAUAGCCAAGGUACUGGAUCGAGUGUUCUUAUCGCUCUAUCUUCUUGGCAAUGUCAUGGGACUCACUUAUCUAUUAGUAACCAUUCACCAGACAUCCACUAUCCUAGAAGAUAUCCAAAACGCACAGGAAUCUAACGUUGAAGCGCAUUACAAUGGCGGUUAAACCGUCAAUGGCCUGUGGACCGAGAUUCGUUGAAACAAAGAAUGAACGGUUUAGCCGCAGCUCAAGAGGGCAAACAAGAUGCUGCAAAGAACCCUCGAGAUCAUACCAGCUUUGUCAAUGAUUGGUAUUGCAUGGGCAAGCACAUCUGUAUAAAAGGAUAACGCCCUCUAUGAUUCGUAUUUGAUCCCUAUAUUAUCAUAUCUGUCAAAUUUCUUUAUUACUCUCUGCAUGAUGAAUGAUACAACAAAUCAAUAAAUCCCAAACUCCCCUAGACAGUUCCUAGACUGACCCACAUGAAACCAAGUAUAUAACUGACUAUUUAUGGUGUUUUCGUCGUUAUUGUUGAAGAUUUAUCAAAGGCAAGAGAGGAGCUUCUCUAUAAUUUAGACAUCACAAAACAAGAACCUUACAUUUCUUUUGACAAUGGAGAUCAGGGUCGCAAUAUUGAUGCCAGUGUUCUUGAACUACUGAAUAUAAUUAUACACCGUAGGAUUAACUCGUACGGAAGACGAAAAAUAAAGAAGUGGAGCAAAUGAUGGAGAACUCCAUCAAGCGUUUGGAAACUUUUCAUUGAAGCUGAAUUUCGAUAUCCCCGAGGGAUUAAAAAAGAAACACCGCCCAAACAUGCAUCUUCUUGGACGGUGAACAACUUUGAAAUACAAAUGCAUGAUGACUCGUUUUUCCGAAUGGCUACGAUUUUCAUUUUACGAAUGUCAAAUAAAGAAGUCUCUGGUUUGUACUGACAUCAAUCACUUCUGAUAUCUGUGUGUAUAUAAAGAUCUGUAUACAUUUUGUAUCUGGCUGAGGAUCUAUUUGCUCUCAUAAUCUUAAAUGGUACAAUGAGUUUUUGAAGUAACCAAGCUUAUUCAUGCUGUCCAGCAAUAUCAUAACUAAAAAAAAAUUAUUCAAGGAAACGGAUGGAGGAAAUGAUUAAAACUACAAUGGAAAAUGGAAGGCAGAAGUGAAGGUCAACGGCUAUCACAUUAAGAUAUAGCCCUGCGAGUAUUUUCCGCAUUUUUUGCAACAAGGGCAGUCGUUCGAAACAAUGGAUAAGACAAGAUAAAGUAGAAAUGUUGUUUCCUUGGUGUGACAUAAUGGAUGCCGUUGUAUCAUAGUACGAGGGAAUGUAUUGAAUCUGUAUGUUUAUUUCAAAGUAAAAGUUACCAGGAAUACUGGAAUUUGAAAUAAAACUAGCUUUGUGAAAAGAUUAACCUUGUGAGAAACUGUGUGGAAACAUGUGGACUAAUGGACCUAUGCGCCUGUUUGUAUAACAGUCCCUAAUUCCUCGAAAUAUCUAUCCUCAUGUAGAUCAUUUCCUUUAUUUGGCUGUACCAUGUCAUAUCAGAUGAAACGCACAAUGAAGAGCGCCAUCUUGGACAUUGAAAAUAAGCUGUUAAGACCGUCGAGUAUCGGAUGCAAUUCGAUAAUCAUAAAUGUUUUUUAAAGCAAGUUACCAGACGACCCAUGGCUUCACUUCCUUUCUUCGAAACCUAUUAACUAUGAUAAUAAAGGCAAACACGUCUCCGGCUCUGUAUACACUGCCAUCC